UAUGCAAAUACUGGAGGUGGGUUUUCUUUUUCAACUCUUUUUAGUGUCUCCCAUUAUUUGGAAAAAGGAUAUUCACAUGCCUCAGAAGAUUGUUUUUCAUAGUUAACUGUAAAGGCUUCUACUUUCAUGAGUGCUUCUUCUGGUUUGUUGAGUUUGAUUUCCAUGUUCAAGAUCUUGGAAAACAAGGUUGUUUCUGUGAUUGAGUAGUGUUGGCUUUCUGAGUCUCUAUUGAUUUAGCCUUCUCCAUUUGUCUCUGGUUUUUUUUUGUCCUUCCCUUUUGCAAAUUUUGCUUCUUUUCUUAGAAGAUAAUUCAAAGGUAUUACUGGGGGAACAACCAUAAUGGGGAAUGUCCUUUGCGAGGGACUCUUUAUUAUGUUGAUUCUGGUGACAGUGGGCACUGUUGAGGCCCAACCAAAGCCGUUUCUCAUAAAUUGUGGUUCAAAUUCUUCUGUAAAUGUGGAUGGUAGGAGAUGGAUUGGGGACAUGGCCCCAAAUAACAAUGUCACCCUCAGCUCCCCUGGUGUUGCUGCUUCCACUUCUACUACAUCAAGUGGCAAUUCAAUCUAUGAUCCCCUCUACAAAACAGCCAGAAUUUUCACAGCUUCUUUAAAUUAUACAAUCAAAGAAGUUCAGGGAAACUAUUUUGUUAGGUUCCAUUUCUUCCCCUUUGUGACUGAGGACUACAAUGUAAAUGAGUCCUCAUUUGGUGUUGUGGUCAAUGGUGUCAAACUAUUGUCAGAGUUUGAUGUUCAAGGUAAGAUAUCCCACAAGAAUAUGAACUUGCAGAAUUCUGGGAAGAAUUCUAGUUCAUUCUUCUUGGUUAAAGAGUAUCUUCUGGCUAUCAAUGCAGAUAUGCUUGUGAUUGAGUUUGUUCCAACUGGAAGCUCAUUUGGCUUCAUCAAUGCCAUUGAGAUUGUCCCAGUUGUGGAUGAGCUUUUUGCUGGCUCAGUCAGCAAAGUUGGUGGAAGUGGUGGAAACUUAAAUUUGACUGGACGCGGGAUGGAGACUAUGUAUAGGUUAAAUGUUGGUGGCCCUGAGAUUCAAUCCAAUGAGGAUCUAGAUCUUUGGAGAGCUUGGGAAGUGGAUUCUGGCUAUAUGAUCACAGAAAAUGCUGGGUCAGAAAUGAAGAACAGUUCUAAUAUUAAAUAUGCUUCCCCCAAUGAUACUUCAGUGGCUCCUCUCCUUGUGUAUGAAACUGCAAGGGCAAUGUCUAACAAUGAAGUCUUGGACAAAAGGUUUAACAUGUCAUGGAAAUUUGAAGUAGAUCCUGAUUUUGAUUAUUUGGUUCGGUUACAUUUCUGUGAGCUGGUUUAUGAUAAGUCAAAUGAGAGAAUAUUCAGGAUCUACAUAAACAACAGAACAGCUGCAGAUAAUGUUGAUAUUUUUGUAAGAGCAGGAGGGAAGAAUAAAGCAUAUCACCAAGAUUAUUUUGAUUCCUUGUCAUUGAGGACUGACACACUUUGGGUUCAACUUGGUCCUGAUACAGCUGCUGGUGCUGCAGGAACUGAUGCUCUCUUGAAUGGUUUAGAGAUUUUCAAGCUUAGUCGAAAUGGGAAUCUUGCCUAUGUGGAGAGAUAUGACUCAGAUGGCAAUUCAUUAAGCAAAUCAAAAUCAAGAGUUAUUUGGGUGGGAGUUGGAGCAGGUCUAGCUUCUGUAGCUAUAAUUGCACUUAUAAUUGUUCUUGUUUUCUGUUUCUGCAAAAGCCGGAGGAAAGAAUCAAGUGAUACCAAGAACAACUCUCCGGGUUGGCGACCGUUAUUCCUAUAUGGGGCUGCACUGAACAGCACAUCAGCAGGAACUCAAAAGCAAUAUGGAUCUGUGGCUUCAACAACCAGAGUUGGCAAGAGGUUUACAUUGGCUGAAAUCAAUGCUGCAACAAAUAAUUUUGAUGAGAGUUUGGUAAUUGGAGUCGGAGGCUUUGGUAAGGUGUAUAAAGGUGAGCUUGAUGAUGGUGUCCUUGCUGCAAUUAAGCGUGCCAACCCGCAAUCUGAGCAAGGACUAGCUGAAUUUGAGACAGAAAUUGAGAUGCUCUCCAAACUCAGACACAGGCAUCUGGUGUCCUUGAUUGGUUUCUGUGAAGAGAAAAAUGAAAUGAUCUUGGUUUAUGAGUAUAUGGCUAAUGGAACUGUUAGAAGUCAUCUAUUUGGGAGUGAUCUCCCUCCAUUAACAUGGAAGCAACGUCUAGAAGUGUGCAUUGGUGCUGCAAGGGGACUUCAUUACCUUCAUACCGGAGCCGAGCGCGGAAUAAUUCACAGGGAUGUGAAGACAACCAAUAUAUUGUUAGAUGAGAAUUUUGUAGCCAAAAUGUCUGAUUUUGGGUUGUCAAAAGAUGGUCCUGCUUUUGACCAUACUCAUGUUAGUACAGCUGUGAAAGGAAGUUUUGGUUAUCUAGACCCGGAAUACUUCAGAAGACAGCAAUUAACUGAGAAAUCAGAUGUUUACUCCUUUGGAGUUGUGUUGUUUGAAGUUGUUUGUGCUAGAGCUGUAAUAAAUCCUACCUUGCCUAAAGAUCAGAUCAAUCUUGCAGAAUGGGCAAUGAGAUGGCAAAGGCAAAGAUCACUUGACACAAUUAUUGACACACACCUUAGAGGAAAUUGUUGCCCAGAAUCCUUGUCUAAGUUUGGGGAGAUAGCAGAAAAAUGUCUUGCUGAUGAUGGGAAGAGCCGCCCCACAAUGGGGGAGGUGUUAUGGCACUUGGAGUAUGUCUUGCAGUUACAUGAAGCUUGGCUCAACAUGGAUACCAAAGAAGCUUCCUUCUCAAGUAGUCAUGCUUUGAGGAGUCUCAAAGAUGGAGGACUAGAAGGGGUACUAGAGCCUUCAAAUCAAGAUGAAGAGUUUGGUUUUGAGGUACUAGAGCCUUCAAAUCAAGAUGAAGAGUUUGGUUUAGACCUCAAACACACAAGUGAUUGAGUCCACACAACAAGGAGGUGUCAGAGAAAUGGAUGGUGCUAUUUGUGUUCAAUGAUUUCUGAAUGCUAGUCAGUGAGACCAUUGAAGAUCUAUGGCCUUAUAUAGCUAAUAUCCUUUAUAGAUUCUUUUGAUUUGUUUUAUUGAAGUCAAGUUUAUUUAUUAUUACUAUUUUUUGCAUCUAAUUCUUGUAU